AUGAGACGGCUGAGCCUUCAACUCUUGACCGUUACUACAGUCACCUUACUCCCGGAUCAGAUAGAAGCGAGCGAAGAUGAUUCGCGAUUUUCUCAGGAAGAAUUCGCCUUCAAAAUCUACAACGCGCAACUAAAAGAGUCCUACAACCAGAAUCGAAACUUCCUUGUUUCUCCUCUCUCGACCUACCGACAACUUCACUCACUCUGCUUGUCCUCCACUGGUAAAACAAAGAAAGAGAUCAAGGAGAUUGUUUCGUGCAGAGGAAAAGUCACAAGACAGCUGAACAAAGCUUUUCGGGAUAUCAAUGACAACAAAAUUAAGGCUCUCCCAGAUGUCUACUCCGCGAAUGGUCGAUGGGACCUCCAGCGCGGCUACCGCAUCCUGCCAAAUUUCGCCGCCAGUCCAAAAAUCGUCGACAUGAACAUCCUGAUCAUCAAUCGGAACUUUGACUUGGACGAAGGAUACGCCAUCCAGGGAAUCAAUCAUUUUUACAACGCCAUCACGGACAAACUUGAUCUUCGUCACAUCCCGGACAUGGUCCCCACCGAGCACGUCGUCAAAAGAACCUCCCGAAUGGUCGUCACGGAUCAGUCAAUCGUGCGCCUGCCAAUCUUUUCCAGCUCCAUUUCUUACCGUCCUUUUCAAAACGACCGCAGCGGACCUUUUUCAUCCCACCUCCCAGUUUCUUCCACAGUCAAGAUGGUGACAUUGGCGAACGUAAUGGUCACCCAGAUCAUCCACAAAAGAUUAGCCGCGCAAGCUAUUCAUCUCAAUAUGGCAGUCAAGAACUACAAAAUGGUCUUGAUCGUCCCUGACGGCAAAUCACUCGACAAGCUUGAAGGAAAAAUGACACCAGAAGACUUCAAGAGCUUGAUGAGCGCUGACCACGAAUCUGAUGACGAGAAUGUCAUGGUGAUCCGCGAAUGUGUCAACUUGACGAUGCCCCUGAUCGACUCGACUUACAUCAACCAUCAUUUGGACAAAAGUGUUCUACAGAGAUAUGGAGCGACAAGAUUGAUGCAAAUGCGAAACGCCGAAUUGUGGAAUGUCUCCCCGACGCCAACUGCGCAUCUGACUUCCAUGCUCCAGCGAGUGCAUUUCGAACUCGUCCCGACCACUGAUGACGUUCUCACUCAACACAAGAAGGAAGUGAAAGCCCAAAAGAAAGCUGCCCGAAAAUCUCGCAGAAAAUCACGAAGAAACAGAAAAUCCAAGUCAGGCAGAAAAAAUCCGGCCAAGUCCAGAAAGUCUCGAUCAACCAGCGAAGAAGGUUUCUUUUCCAAGAAAACAGAUAGCUUGGGAACUACUGUCACUCUCGAUCCUCAGGCUUCGUAUGAGCUCAUGAUCGACAGAUCAUUCAUUUACGCCCUGAAACUCAAAGACAAUUACCUCCAAAUCGGUAGAUAUUCAACUCCAACGAUUAAUUCAAACACCGAUAAGAAAAACUUCAAUUUCUCUGUAUAG